CUUCUUUCUCUUCUCAGCUUCUCUCAGCUGUAACAGCUACAGCCGUCGCACCUCCGAUCCUAACUUCCUCCCUAUCCGUGCCAACUCAUCCAUACAUAACCACACCCACACCCCUAAUCCCAAUCCCAGCGGUACCGCGCACGCCAAUUGCCGCCAUUUCAGCCCCCCGCGAUCAAGCCCCAUCCUCACGCGACACACCACAGAGGACGAAACGACGAAACGCUAUACCCUACACAGAAUACCCGGCCCAUACUUUAAUCCCCGGAUUCAACUCCGAAUAGCGCGUAUACUAUCCAGUUGACCAAUUCAUUGGCUACAUUCUCAUCCGCAUCCGCAUACGUACACUAUCACUUCCUUGGGUACAUGUGGAGGAGCUGAGCGCAUGCCAGCCCGUGGAUAAUCAGAAUGCCACAGACUGCGAGGUGGGCGGGGACGCCCUCUAUCAAGGGUCGGUCUGAGGCGACUCGGAUGGCUUUGUUGACGUUUAGUUUGGUUGGCUUGCAGUUUACUUGGGGUACUGAGAUGACCUAUUGUACGCCAUACCUUCUACAGCUUGGUUUGACCAAGUCCAAGACUUCGUUGGUGUGGAUUGCUGGCCCUCUAUCUGGGUUGAUUAUCCAGCCUCUUAUUGGUGUUAUUGCCGAUCGGUCACGGUCGAAAUGGGGUCGCCGGAGACCUUUCAUGGUCUUUGGAUCUUUUGUUGUGGCUUUUUGUCUGUUCGUCUUGGGGUGGACGGCGGAGAUUGUUGGGUUGUUCGUUAAGGAUCCUGAGAAGGCUAAGAAUGGCACAAUUGCCUUGGCUAUCAUCAGUAUCUAUGCGGUGGAUUUCUCCAUCAAUGUUGUCCAGGCGUGUUGUCGCAGUUUGAUAGUGGAUACGCUACCGAUUCCAUUGCAGCAAACCGGAUCCGCAUGGGCCGGGAGAAUGUGUGCCAUUGGCCAACUCUUUGCUUAUGUGGUGGGCUCCAUUGACACUGUCAGUAUAUUUGGCAGUCUACUUGGAGACACGCAGUUUAAGCAGAUGACCGUCAUCGCCGCUUUGUCAUUGGUGGGCGCCGUCGCUGUCACUUCUUAUUCGGUGAAAGAGCGUGUUCUUAUCUCAACGAGGGAUGGUGAUGGAAAGGCUGGCGCUUUCCAGGUCCUUUCCCAGUUGUUCAAGACAACCUUCGAACUGCCACCUCGUAUCCAAGCGAUUUGCUGGGCCCAAUUCUGGGCGUGGAUUGGCUGGUUCCCUUUCCUCUUCUACAGCACAACCUGGGUUGGCGAGACCUACUUCCGCUACGAAGUCCCCAAAGACGAUAUGGCCAAGGCAACCGAUAUGCUCGGCGAGGUCGGCCGUGUAGGCAGUCUGUCAUUGACUGUCUUCUCAUCCAUCACCUUCCUGAGCUCCGUCCUUUUGCCAUUCUGUAUCCAGCCGCCAGAUACUAAGCGGACACGAUUUACCCCACGACCUCCACCGGGCAUUGCAGCUGCUCUCAAAGCCGUGACUGCAUUCCGACCCGAUCUCCAAACAGCCUGGUUAAUCUCACAGAUCAUGUUUGCUGCAACAAUGAUCUUCGCUCCUGUGGCCCACUCCCGAGCAUUCGCAACGUUCCUGGUAGCUGUGUGCGGUAUUCCGUGGGCGAUUAGUGGCUGGGCUCCCUUCGCGUUUAUGGGCGUGGAGAUCAACAAACUGACAAUGGGCGGCGCAGCUGCAAUGCCGAACUCACACUCCGGCGUGACUAUGAUCACCUCAGCCAGUCUACGGGCCAACUCCGCUGCCGACACGGAGCUGGACGUGCUCAGACUAAACCACCGCGACUCAUUCGACAGCGAUACCGACGAGGAAGACCCAUCCUCCAACACCCCAUCAACAGGCGAGCUAGCUGGCAUCUACCUGGGCGUGCUCAACGUGUACACAACGCUCCCCCAGUUCGUCGGCACGAUGAUCAGUUGGGUCGUUUUCAGCAUCCUCGAACCUGGCCCCGAGCCCGCAACAGACAAUGCCUCCGAUACACAGUGGAUGAACCUAGACAAAGACAGGCCCAACGCCAUUGCCAUCUGCCUCUUCAUUGGCGCGAUCAGUGCACUGGUAGCCGCCGAGGCCACACGACGACUGCGGUACAUACUAUGAGCCAGCAGACCACUGUGGGGAGG